CGAAAUACAAAUUCUAUAAAAUACAUACAGUGUGUAUACAGUAUACGGUGUUCGUAUCACAGCGCGGGCUGGGCUUCAUGCCGAAGCGCGGCGUCAACACGUGCCCUUGUGAGGUGUUCCGCUUCUACAAGCUGCACACCUCGCGCGGACUCUGCGAGCCCAUCUCCAUGAUCGUGCCCAGGAAGUCUGACUGCUUCCAGGAAGAUUUAUAUCCCGAUACGGCAGCUCCAUUACCAGCAUUGUCGUCGAAGGACUGGCUGAGCGGAAUGAACGCACCGCCUUUGCUCAUCAGCAUGAAAACUGGCGUCACGAUCUCGACGCACAAGCCGCGCGCCAACAAAGACGCGCCCGCGCUGCAGCCGCAGGACGCCAACAACCGCAAGAAGUUCGCCUUCCUCUCGCGCGAGACCACGCCCGACUACCGCCCGCUCGCCACCUGGCACAACGAACACAACAACCUCAACCACACUGCUGAUAAUGACCUGCAGGUGCAGGUGACAGAGAAGUCUCAAAAGACAAGUGCCAAUCAAAACACGAAGUUCCAUCAGCUGCAACGCAUGUUUGGUAAACAGACAGGGAUGUGGAACCUGUUCCCCUAUACAAGCAAAUCAACCAGGAGACGUGUUCAGUACUGA